ACAUGUACAUGUACAUACAUGUAUAUUAUUUAUUUCUUUAUUUUAUUUUAUUUUAUUUUCACUAGGACUAAGAGUAGGCUAUUGGAGAAGGAUCUGGAAUGGAAAAAGAGAGAAAAGCUUAUGGUAUACUUUAUCAGUGUAAUGAAGUCAUUAAGAGAAUUUGGUAACUUCAAUGCUUACCUAGCAAUACUUUCGGCAAUUGAGAGUGCACCAGUUUCACGACUUGACUGGUCAGAGAAAAUAUUAAAAACUUUAGAGGAGCCGAGGGCGUUGAUUGAUUCCCGUGGCUCAUUCAAGAACUAUCGUCAAGCAUUCUCACAAACUAAACCGCCCUGCAUACCAUACAUUGGUCUCUACUUGCAAGAUUUGACAUUCCUCGAGGAGCAGCCGAGUAAGCUGGAAGACGGAGUGAGUGUCAACUUUAGUAAGAGAUGGAAGCAGUUUAGAUCAGUUGACCACAUCAGAUUCUCACAGACAAAGCAAUAUGGUCAGGAUUUUCAUCCUGAUCCAAACAUUAUGGGCGUAUUCAACAACUUUGCUGAUGUGGAGACAGACGAGUCACUGUGGGAUAGAUCUACCGACAUCAAACCAAGCAAUAGACAGAAGAGCUCCACUCAAAGUAGCAGUGCCAAUAAUUAAGGAUCAGGGUAGACCAGAAAAUAAAAAUAAUAAACAUUUUAUAUUUUUAAAAGCGGAAAGUUGCAGGCGCUCGCGAAAGAGAACAUCCGGUAUAUAUUAUGUCAUAAAGUUUUAAUUAAUUUAUUUUUAUACCGAGUUCUUCCUUUAUUUUUUUCUUAAUCACAUCUCUCUGUUACUUUAUUAUCCAUAAUUAUGUGUUAUAUUAUAAAUUAUUUUUGUCUUCUCUCUCUCUCUUCCAUAAUUAAUAUCCUUAUUUUUUAUACAAGU